AGCAGCCCUGAAGGCAUAUAAGGACUCCAGCUCUGCACCGGCAGUUCAUUUUCUUUUGACUAUCUUCAGAGAGCUCACAUCACUGUAUAGAUGCAGAGACCCAAAUGCUCACCCUAAGCAGAAGCAAUGUGAUAUACUUAAAGAAUUCAUCCAGAACGCCAGGGUUCUUCCAUCUGCAGAACUGAAGGCAUUUGCUGAAUCUCUUGUGUCUAAUCAGCUCCCCUUGCUGACCCUGCCCCCUCUGUCUUUCGGCCACAACACGAUGGUGAUUGAAAUGGCAAUUCAUACUGCAGUUGUUUUGUUUUGUGGCCAGAAUCAAAUCCUUCAACCUCUAAGGAAUCUGGCAUUCUCACCUAAUAUCAUGCUGAAUGCUUUUCUGCCAACCAUGCCAGAAGACAUGUUGGCUCAAGCUGUGCAGUGGAAGUUAAAGGAAGUAGUUCAUUGGUAUAUAUGUCCAAAUGGUCACCCCUGUGUUAUUGGAGAGUGUGGUCAACCUAUGCAACAUAGUCGUUGUGUUGAUUGUGGUGUUCAAAUUGGAGGUGUAAACCACAGGCCAGUGCCAAACUUCCAAAGAGCAAGCAAUAUUCAGGACAGGACACAAACGGGCCACAUACUUGGAGAUCCUAGGAAAAGGGAUCCAGUGAUCACACCAGAGAGGGAGUUGUCUCCAGCUGCACUAAUUCUGAUUCGCUUGCUCACUCAUUUGGCAUUGCUUCUGGGAGCCUCAAAUGAUGCCCAGUCUGUCUUGCAGAUCAUAAAGCCACGGGUUCAGGAUCCAGUAAACUUCUUGCUGCUGCAUAUUAAUAAAGACUUAGAGCAGCUGAUGAAUACUCUUGGGAAGAGUGCUGAUGAAACCACUAAUGUCAUCCAUCUCAUUCUGUGCAGCCUUUCCAAGGACCAACAUGCAGGACAAUGGCCAGUACGUUUUGACAGUCAGCUUUCCACGAAGCAGUACAGAAACAGUUGGGAAGAAAGUGUUGCACGCACCAUUAUUCUACCUGAACUAAAGCUUUUGGAUAAAGCACUUCUGGACUUGAAUAAACAAAUCAGUGAAGAUGAAAGGCUUUCUUCCAACCCUGUAGUGAAAAUAAUUUAUGGGGACCCCACAGUAUUCCUAUCCCGUCUUCCUAAGGACAAUACUAUACACUCCUCUCGGAUAUGGAGUUGCAAGAAGAGGAUCUCAGUCGAGCAUCUGGCUCACAUUGUCCAACUGAAAGGUGGCAAGGAUACUGUGCCCAUCUUGCAGAAAUUUUUGCAAAAGGAAGCUGAAUUGAGGCAGGUGAAAUUUCUGCCAGAAAUUCUUGCUCUGCAGAAAGACUUGGUGAAGAGAUUUCAGAACAUCUCAGAAAUUGAGCAUCCCACAAUUGAAGAUUUUCUCAGCAGUUUUUCCUCAGGAGGUGUCAGAUUACUAAUGAAAGGCAGAGUGGAAAAAUUUCUGGAUGUGUGGAACAAGCUCAGAUUAUCCAUAGAAACAAAUGGUCAAAUUAAGCUUCCUAAAGAUUAUUGCAGUUUGGACCGCACUGUGAAAGAUCCAUUUGAAAUCCUUUUGCCUCGUCGGAGAUGUCUAGGCCUUUGUGCCACAUCAUUGGUCAGCUACCUCAUUCAGUUGCACAAUGAUUUUGUCAACACCAUAGCAAAUGAUUCAACGGAUGACAAUAGAUACUCUGUCAGCCCUGCUGAAGUGGCCGAUCUGCACAUGAUCAGUUAUGAAGUAGAAAAGGAUUUGAUCCCAGUCAUUCUGUCCAACUGCCAGUAUAGCGUGCAGAAAGGAGGAGAGGCCCUGCAGGAAUUUGACCUGGAAAAAAUCGAACAGCAAGUUGUCAGUAGAUUCCUACAAGGAAAGCCCAGGAUCACAUUGCAGGGCAUACCCACACUGAUACACAGAUGUGACCAAAACUAUGAGCAUCUGUUCAGCAAUAUCAAGACAAAGCUGAAAACUCAGAGCUCUCUUUCAAGUUCUAAAAUGGGCAUGAUCAGAGGGGACUUGGUAUCAUACACUGACAUCUGUGAUGCACUCUCGGUCACUGAAAUUAUUUUAGGAUUCUUGGCUACAACUGGAGGUGACUCACAUAUGACUUUGACUGAUUACACUGAAAAUGUCCUGCGGAUGAGCAAUCAGAUAAGUCUUCCAGUGAUGAAGGCACUGAGCCGAUGUCAGCUAAAGCAUGCCAUUUCAUUGUGGCAGCUCCUUUCUAGUCAUAAAUCAGAACAGCUGCUGCAUUUGAAAAAGGAUCCUUUUGGAGAGAUCAGCGCAAACUAUAAAGAGGAACUCACAGUGGAUAAUAUCGAUCUUCUCAAAGCUUUCCUCACCCAGACAGCGCUGGAGUCCUUCCUUCAAGAGUUGCAUGAAAUGAUCAUGCUGAAAUUGAAACAUGCCAGAACUGGAGAAGAGUACAGUCCUACGUGGAGCCUGAAAGAAGCAUUUAUUCCAUAUCUUGAAGGAAAAGGUAGCAGUGAGCUUCAGGACUUGGAUGAUAUGUUCCCAGAAGAUAUCCAGGUUUCCCAGUGUAUCGCUGCCUGGAAAAUAGCUGCUACUCUUAAACAGGGUGGAUGCGGUCCAGGAAAUUAAUCUAGACACUUUUCCACUCUUCCUCACUCUUCACUGAUGAGCAGAGCAGUGUAUUUAAUUGUUGGUUUUUCUUUAUACUUGUACAAAAAGAAAGGAAGGAGAUAACAAAUUUUUGCACUUAGGGUGAUUCUAAAUUAAAGGAUUAUGGUGCUAUAUGUGAAUAAAUAGUGAUGCACAAACAUAAAGGAGUUGGUGCUUUAGAUAAUGAAGGAUUUCUAGAAAAUACAAGUUGGAUAGGUACACUUGAUUCAAAGAAAAGUAUUUUAAUUGUUAACAGAUUUCUGAAAGGACCAUGUAACGUCUAUAACUUUGGGUUUAUAGACUUCAUUAUAAAUUUUCCUCUUUAAUCUAUUUAGAAUUGGCAGGGAGCAGAGAAACAAUCUUCUUUCCCUCGACUUCCCUGGAUUUUAUAAAUGCUACCAGUUGUCUUUUUUUUUUUAAACAGGAACAUAAUUUCUUUGUAAUUUUCUUUUCUCAUAUACUGAAUUGUCUACUUCUCUGAGACUACGUAUUUGAGCAAGUAGAUAGAAUCCCAACCAUGUUUUACUGAUAGUCUGAAUUGAAUACUAUAUGAAACAGGCCAUGAGAUUGCGCUUUCUUUGAUUUACUGAUUUUUUUUUCUAAGCAGUUUUAGAAAUUAUUUUUUUUCCUCUUAAAAGAUGCUCUAAAUAAAUAAAAAAUAAAAGUUCCAUUCUUUUUUAAUAGUUAAUUGACAUUUGUAUCAAGUUAUGCAUUAGGCAUUGUCAUUCCAGCCCUCUAGAUCUUAAAGAAAUGGAGUUUGUGUUCUUCCUUCGAUUGUAUGGGGAUAAUGUCUUAAUAGAGGUAGCUAUGCUGGCAGAGAACAGUAUGCCUCCACUUUUUCACUAUUCAAAAAAUGCAAUUUAUAAAAGUUACUUUCUAGUCUUUUUUUCUUAUAAUAAAAAUA